AUGAGUGGUCUCAGGAUAUUGGUGCCCGUCAAGCGGGUCAUUGACUACGCAAUCAAGCCCCGAAUCAACAAGGCUCAAACUGGCGUCGAGACCGCCGGUGUCAAGCACUCCCUCAACCCAUUCGAUGAGCUCUCGAUCGAAGAGGCUGUCCGUCUGCGUGAGCGCAAGGGCCCCAUUAAGGUGGAGGACAUUCUUGCGCUCUCUGCAGGUGGUCCGAAAUGCCCGGACGUUCUGCGCACUGCUAUGGCCAUGGGCGCCGACCGAGCCUUCCACAUCGACAUCCCGGAGAAGGGUGACAGCGGCCCCGAGCCGCUGACCAUCGCCAAGAUGCUGCAGGCCGUUGUCAAGGAGCAGAACGUUAACCUUGUGCUUCUGGGCAAGCAGGCUAUUGACGGUGAUCAGGGCCAGACUGGCCAGAUGCUCGCUGGUCUCCUGGGAUGGCCUCAGACUACCCAGGCCAGCAAGGUCGAGAUCAAGGAUGAGGCCGGCACAGUCGAGGUCACCCACGAGGUUGACGGUGGUGUUGAGACACUCCGCGCCAAGCUGCCUAUGGUCAUCACUACGGAUCUGCGGUUGAAUGAGCCGCGGUACGCCAGCUUGCCUAACAUCAUGAAGGCGAAGAAGAAGCCUCUUGAGAAGAAGACUCUUGCCGACCUCGGAGUCGAGGACACACGGCGCUUGAAGACUCUCAAGGUUACCGAGCCCCCACCACGCAAGGGUGGUGGCAAGGUCGAGGAUGUCGACGGCCUUGUCGGUAAGCUCAAGGAGCUUGGUGCGCUGUAA